GAUUGCAAGGGCUAUGCUUUGGUCCUCUUGGCUUAUUAGAGAGAUUCAAAGAAAAAGUUCAGGAAUAUGCACAAAUUUGUCGUAUUAGUAUUUUUGUUCUUGUUAAUAGUGAUAAUUUGGAAUUACGUUGGGGCAGCAGUGAAUGGAGGCUGGUCCGGUUGGUCUGCAUGGAGCGGUUGUGCAGCAGGUAUUUGCGCGGGAAAUCAGCGCAUUCGAACGAGAACUUGCACCAAUCCCGUACCAAGUGACGAUGGAAAAUAUUGCGAUGAAGGAGAAAGUUCGGAGCAAAAAGAUUGCAUGAUUAACGGAGGAUUUACAGAGUGGAGCCAAUGGUCUUUAUGCGACAAUCCGUGCGGGGGAUCUGUGGUAAACAGAAGUAGAGCCUGUACCAACCCCACCCCCACUCCCGAUGGGAAGCCGUGUUCUGGUGAUGCAUUCCAAACGAAACUUGAAUGUAUCUGGCCGUGUCCAACUGGUCCUCUUGACGGCGGGUGGGGUGCCUGGAGUCCUUGGACACAGUGUCCUAAAACAUGUGGAAUACCUGGAGGAAACGUUCUGAGAAGAACGAGGUUAUGCAAUCGACCACCCCCAAUGAAUGGUGGUAAACAGUGUGUUGGAAACGGCACCGAAACGGCGAGAGCUUGUUUCGCAGAGUGUCCAGUCAAUGGCGCCUUUGGUCUUUGGUCACCUUGGACAACGUGUAGUAAGACGUGUGGGACUGGCACUCAGUCAAGAAGUAGACUCUGUAAUAACCCAACCCCUACCGGUGGGGGACAAAACUGCACUGGGGACCCUACUCAGGCAAAGAGUUGCAAAAUCAAGUCCUGUCCAGGGGCGGUAAAUGGAGGGUGGUCAGCGUAUUCGCCUUGGACAGCAUGCACAGAGGCUAAAUAUUGUCUGCAAGGAAUCAAGAAAAGGACAAGAAGCUGUACAAAUCCUCCUCCAGCAAAUGGCGGAGAUGAGUGUGCUGGUCUGGUGGAAGAGGAAAAGGUUUGUCCCACACAAGAGGAUGGAUGUACAACGUAUCAACCCAACAAGCCAGACAAAACGCCAACAGACCCAGCAUCCUGGAUUGCUAUAGAAUGUGAAGCAGCCGAAAAGUUCUCAGCUACCGGGGCUCACAAACAAGAUGUUCCUUUUGCUGUAUACUCAAACUUCAACUUCAUGAAAACUGAGUUGGAAAGCGGGUGGUUUGCCAUCCAAGUAGUCCCUGAUGAUAAAGACGAUUACGGACAAAAAAAAUUGACUAAGGUUUGUUUUGAGAUAAUCGAUCCGCUGACCAUCAACAAGGUUGUUACAAAUAAAGCAACAUACUAUUCAAAAAUAUCCGCGAUACCGGAAUGGACUAAGCCCGAAUUGAGUGAAACCGUUCCUGCGUUUACCAUCUGGAUUGACGAGUCACAAGCUCUUAGAAAAUACGAAUUUCAGUGCGCAAAAUCAGAUGAGUAUGUGCCGUUUACCGGAUUCGUCGUCAAAAAUGUUAGAUUCACGUAUUACACAGAAGGUAAUUCUCAGACGUUUAAAGCAAAGGGGGAUCAUUAUAUCGCGUCAGGAACUGCAUUCCGCACUGAAGUGAAGAAAGAUGUUAUAAGUGGAUCAGUGUACGCUAAAGGCACUGCAUCUUCUAUUACAUUUGUGGACGUAAUGGCCUCCUUCGGGUUAAAGCCUAGCUCCUUGCCAGAUUUCUUUGUGAAUGCUUUGAAAGGAAUUGGUCUGUGGGAUUUCAGCUUAAAGCCAGCUGAAUUCUUAAGGAAGCUCGCAAAGGGUGGAGUAUACAGAUUUACAGCCUCAAUCGAUGCUGGCGGUGUCCCAAUUCAUGUUGAGAUAAUAACUGGAAUCAGAUUUGGACGACCAGCUUUUGCUGUCGGGUUUGCCUUUGACCGGGAAUCUUUUGGAAAAGUUGCAGAAAAACUGUCCGGAAUCGGAGUGGAUUUCCUGGACAAACUUGGCUUUGAGUUAGAGAUUGGGGUAUCAUUUUGCCCGCCAGAGAGCCUUGGAUUUCAGGACCUCUAUGUGGAUGCCGAGACAAAGUUUUCAAAAGAACCGCUGCAAAGUUUUGUCACCACAAGCAUUCCUAGAGGAAUUUUCGCCGCGGCUCAAAUCGUUUUACCAAAAGACUGCAAAGGCAAUAAAUUCUGUGAAAUUGUUAAGAUGAUCGUGGGGCCAACUGCCAAGUGGUACAUUACAGGUCACUUCCAGUGGAAAAAUAUCCGAAUUGCUACAGGCUUUGCUAAUAUCCGUAUCUUUGAUGGCCUUUAUUUUCACAAACUUGAGUUGUACGUGGAGGCUGAUUGGAAUGCCACGAACAAGCAUAUAAAGAUGGGAUUCCGUGCAGACAUAAAGAUUCCAGUGAAUGGUGACAUUUAUCGCGAUGGUAUCAAAGCACCGAAUAGCGAACUGUUUCUGGUUGGUGUGUUGGAAUACGAUUUCUUACAACAGGAGGUUGCUGGAAAAUUGGGCAUGAGAGGAAUAUGGAAGAAAGCCUUCUUCAUUCCAUUUCUCGGCAUUGGCAACAUUUUCCUCGGGUUGACGUAUCAAGUUGGAGUGCCAUUUCCAGUCACUGGUGUGCAGUUUGGAAUGCGAGUUGAAUUUGGAUAUGAUUGUCUGAUACCAGCAGACUUUAAUAAUGAUGGUCAUUGUUUCGGCGGAAGUGGAUAUUUUGGAAUCGGAAAGCCUCAGUUUUUUUAUGCCAGCAUGACAGCAUUGACUCUUGGAAAAAUCAUUCGACUUUUGGGAUUGAAAUUCCCUCUUCCACCUCCAAUUGCCCAGACUGGCUUCCCAGAAGGCGUCGAGGGCUCAUAUUCAACAGACAAUGUUGAUCUGCGAAUCGCAGGCGGCCCGUACAUCUACAAAGGAUUUAUGAUCAAAGGACGAGUUAAUAUUCUGGGAUGGGAAAUAUUUGCACAUAUUAAACUAUCAGAUGUGGCAAUUUUUGUGGACUUGAAACCUGACCCAAUCAAUAUUUUGGGCAUUGUGAAAAUCACUCGUAGCCCUUCCGAGCAAGAUAAAGGACCUUGGUUUUAUGUUGACGCAAGAAAGACUCCAAUUUUCAUAGAGGCUUACAUUGAGGGUUACACAGAGCUUCUGGGAAUUUCAACUUACUGUCGGCUGAACUUAACAAUGACCCGAAUGGAACUACUCAUCCAAGGAAACUUCCUGAAUCUCAUCAAGGCUGAAUUGUUCGUGUUUGCAUCUUAUAGCAUCAUUUUCCCAAGUGCCGAGUUCUACGUCAGAGUCACAGUUGACUUAAGUGGAAUAAACAACGCAUUAGAUGCCGCCGCCAAAGCUGUCAAGGGAGCUUUCGAUGCUGCUCAAAAGAAGCUCUCUGAUGCAAGAAAUAAAGUCAUCCAAGAAAAGGAAAACUGUAAAAGAAAAAUGGCACUGAAGUGUGAUAACUGUAAAAAGCUCAAAUGCGCUCAAGCUGAACGGAACUGUAAAGGAUGGCUGGAUGCGGCUGGCAAAUGGAUCGGUGGGAUAGUUAAUGCAGCCGGCAAGUGGAUUAAGAAGACUUUCCAGAAAAUUGGGAAAGCUUUAGCUCCAGUUGGAAAGGCCAUCAAGAAGUUCUUUAAGGGCUGGAAAAGGAGAAGAGAAAUACAAGAUAUGCAAAAUGAAAAUUUUGCCCUUCACAUACGCAAACGUCGUUUUAUUAGCAAAAUUAUAUGCGAAGGUCUUGUAGGGGGAGGAUGUAAAGCGGUUUCUCACCUCUGCUAUGGCUCUUGUAAGGCCGUCGAAUUUAUCGGAAAGGGUCUCUGCAACGUCCUCGACAUCGCCGUUGGCUUCUUGAAGUUAACUGAGAUGGCCUGUAACUGGGUCAGCAAAGCGAUCAACUUUGUCCUGACUCAGCUGUUUAGAGUGCACAGCAUCUUAUUCGAGUUUGGACUUGCAGCCUACGCAGGCGGUGGACACAGCAAUUUUAUAUUCAACGCAGCAGUUGAUCUGACCAUAUUUGGAAAACGCCUUUAUCUCGCAAUCGGUUUCAACCUGAAUAAUCCUGUGGGAAGUCUAAGGGGUGGGGCCGAUAAAGCCACUGAUUGGUACAAAGACAAGAUGAAUCCCAAGAACCCCACGGAUACGGAGAAAAAUUACUAUGACAAUCCUAAUCCAUUUGCCGACUUUGAGAUGUCAGAAAUAUUCAUGAUAGAGAAUCAGCAAUCGGCCACAGAUGACAGACUAGGCCCCUGUCUCUUUGUGGAUUCCAAGAGUGAUGGCUCUUCUAUCAAAGUAACGGGUUGCAAUGCAACUGAUGAAAAGCAGAACUGGGCUUACACCCUCAAGGGGCAAAUAAUGAACUCAUAUUCAAAGCUAUGCAUUGACACAGAUGGAGCAACUAAGGGAUCAAAGCUGAAACAAAAAAAAUGUGAUCCGAGAAAAGACGAUCAGAACUUCCACUGUGACUUGACUGUCAGAUCCAUCAAGAGAAGAAGAGCAAAUCAGUGCUGGACCGUGGGUUCGACAAGUUUGGAUGGUCCAGGUUCAUUAGUUCACCUCGGCUCCUUAUGGUGCAUUCACCCGCAAGGCGGUGGAAUUAACGUCGGAGAGGGAACUAAGCUGCUUAUUCAUAGUGGGUGCAGCGAAAGCAGACUAGAGUUUGUUCUACAAAACGGUAAUCUGAAACACACCAAAAGUGGCAAGUGUGUACAGCCAAUGGGAGCAGUCAAAGAUGGUGUUGUUCUUGGUUUAUAUUCGUCAUGUGGGGGACAUCAGUUUAGCUUCACUGCUGGAGGAUCCUUACAACAUAUUGGAAGCAAAAAGUGUGUCAAUCCAAAAUCAGGAGCAAUGCGACCAAAAUCGAGCGAAGACUUAGUGCUUAAUAGCAAAUGUGAAAACAGCGACAGCUCGUUUACCAAGGAACACCUUCUGUUCAGUUUUAUUCCAACGGAUCCAUUCGUUCGCCUCGACAAGUGCCCCUAUUUUGAUCAAGCGAGACUGGAUCAGCGAUUUGAGGUCGUGGACGAACCAAUUGUCAGUGUGUGUAGCAAGUUUGCUAAAAAUCUUGCUUUCAAAAAGGGAACAGAACAAUCAAGCACUGCCUACAAUGGAUUCAGUAGCCGAGCAGUAGAUGAAAAUUAUUCUAGUAAAUAUGAUGACAAGUCAUGUACCCACACCAAGAAAGAACAGAAUCCAUGGUGGAGAGUUGAUCUUGGACGAGAGUACAUCGUGACAGACGUAAUGAUAGUAAAUCGGUAUAACCACUUCGAGCGUCUUAAGAACUUUGACGUCAGAGUUGGAGUCAAUAAAGAUAACUUACAGAAUCCAACAUGUCACGACCGCGUGAGGACUGUGGGCCAGGGUCAAGCUCUCAGGGUGCAGUGUGAUCCACCAAUCCCGGGACGAUACGUGUCAGUGCAGAUGUUUGGAGAAGGAAUUCUAACCAUGUGCGAGGUUACUGUAUACUCCAGAGUGGGUGCCCUCGCGGAUCUUUGUCAACUGGAUAAUGGCGGCUGCUCGCAGGUUUGUUAUAACCUGUGCAACCUGAAAGUCAAGUGCAGCUGCUGGCCUGGCUACACUUUAGCUUAUGAUGGAACAACUUGCAUGGAUAAAAAUGAAUGCCAGGCUAACAACGGCGGUUGCGAUGUCAUCAAUGGCGUUUGCGUCAACACUCCAGGAAGCUAUCAUUGUGCCUGUAAGAUUGGUUUCCAGCUUAAAGAGAACAGUGAACUCAUCUGCGAAGACUUCAACGAAUGCAACCUGAACAACGCGGGAUGUGAACACAUUUGUGCCAACAGUGAAGGCAGCUUUAACUGUGAAUGUAGAAAAGGAUUUAAGUUGAAAAAUGAUAAAUACGGAUGCGAAGAAGUUAAUGAAUGUGAUUUGCAAAAAGGUGGCUGCGAGGGUCAAUGCAGUAAUUAUGAAGGAGGAUAUUACUGCACUUGCCCAGCUGGUUAUCGACUGAUGGACGAUGACAAAGGAUGUGAAGAAAUUUACUGCCCCGCGCUUGAAGCUCCAUUCCGAGGCAAAAUCUCCCCCACAACCUGUACAGACGAUCGCUCAAAUAUCAGGCGCAACACUGUGUGCUCAUAUGGCUGUGUGGCUGGCCACAACCUCGCAGGCGGGAGCCAAUCCUUGGUUUGCCAACUUGAUGGAAUGUGGCAAGGAACUGUUCCUUACUGUAAAGCGGUCGUGUGUCCGAAGUUGACUGUACCAGACAAUGGCGGAGUGAUUCCAGCUUCAUGUUCCAGAACAGAAGUUGAGUACGGAACACGUUGUGUAUUUUAUUGUGAUGACGGUUAUGAACUGAAUGGGCCCAGGUAUUCGACGUGUCAGGCUGAUACUUCAUGGAAUGAAAUUGCACCGUUGUCAUGCGUGAGAGUUUACAAAGACCCAUGGAUUGCCUGUCCAAUCGACAGAGUGGAAGAUCUUGAGCCAGACAAGUCCACAGUAGUGCUUGGGUUCAAGUGGCAGCUUCCUCGAACCAACAUGAAGAACGUGAAAGUGUCGCCUAGCAACUAUGAUGAGAACUAUCCAUUCCCUGUUGGCAGACAUCGUGUCACGUGGAUAGGAACCAGUGAAAGUGGAACACAGAAGAGUUGGAGCUUCCACGUGACAGUGAAUGACGUAACGCCACCCUCAGUCCAAAAUUGCCCGGCGUCCUUCUCCGAUCGUACCAACUCUCUACAAAAGCAUGUCACUUGGACACCGCCAACCUUUAGCGACAAUGUAAAAGUGGUUAGUGUGUUAUCCAAUCGUCAGCCUGGAUUCGAGAUGAAAACUUUCACUUCUAUAACCAUACGAUAUACGGCUUCAGACGCCGCAGGAAACGUUGCCUAUUGCACGUUUAACAUAACUCUGGAAGGCUCAACAUGUGUGACAAUUGCUCACCCAAAGAACGGCAUGGCUGCGAAGCUUGGCUUUUUCCUGCAGUUGCGGUGUAAUCCUGGUUACUACUUCAAUCCACUUCCACCCGGACUGCCUCCUGGACAAAUGAUUGUCCCUUUUUAUCGGUGCAUGGGUAACAAGUGGAUAUCGCAGAAUGACCGAAAGUCUAUAUUGACCGAAUCCACAGAUUGCGUUCAUUAUCAAACUUACGUAGAAGGCUCACCAUGCCCCGAUGGAAGUUUAAAACAGGACUUUGGCGCGACAAGUAUAUGCUUAAACUGUCCAUCGGGAACCUAUGCUGACAACAAAACCAAAUCAUGUAAAGAAUGUACCCCUGGCUUCUAUCAGGACGAGGAUGGAAACAUGGGUUGUGUGCCAUGCCCGAAAAACACAUUCAGUGUUACAAAGAGAGCUAAAUCAAUUGGAGACUGCAAAGCUGUCUGUAACCCUGGUUACUAUUCUACUAAUUAUGGCGUUGAGCCAUGCGUUGAAUGUCCUAUGGACACAUAUCAGGACAAUGAACAACGAACUCAAUGUCACGCAUGCCCAGUUGGAACACAUACAGCCAGCACCGGAAGCACAUCUCCAGAAGACUGCCUGUCUCCUGUUCUUAUCACGGAAAUCAUUCCAUCACAGGAUUAUGCAACUUACGAGAAUGAAUCCAUUUCGCUUGUGUGCUACAUAGCAGGAGACCCGGCCCCAACAGUGUCGUGGGAAAAAAUUGGAGGCUCUCUUCCUUCCACGGACCGCCUGGCAAUAACCAAUAUAUAUGACCUGGAUGGAAAGUUGGCUGGCGUAGAAUAUGCCAUAUCCACUGCUGUUGUAGCUGAUUCUGGUACUUACAAGUGCACGGCUACAAAUAAGCAUGAUUCGGUCUCUAGGCAGGUCAGAAUUAGCGUCCAGGCGGGCUCACCACCCGGUGUCGUACCCCAAUAGACUAUAGACAACCUCUGGAGUGUGCUAUGAAGCGAUCACAGAGCAAAUAUCUCUGAUUAGAAUUCAUGGAUGUACUUAGCAGAGAGUGACAACAACCAUAGCAUUUACGUUGUAACUGAUAUAAAAUAGUGGCAUAAACCCAAUAAAUAUUGGUUGCGCUGAAAAAAGGAGCACAAAGAUUCUUCUGUCGCGAUAUGCUUAAAGCUCAAACUCUGCACGAGAAAAAGAAAAGCUAACGACUGAGUCCUUUGUUAUGGGGGAACGAUUUUAGCAUCGAAAAAGCGAUCGCGGAGGCUGUCACCACUCGAUUAAAGAAAAAACAAAAACAAAAAAAGAAAA